AGUUACUGGAUGAGAAGAAAGAUAAACGGUUGGUGUAUUUGUUGAAACAAACGGAUGAGUAUGUGGAGAGUUUGACGGGUUUGGUGAAGCAGCAUCAGGCGACUGAGAAGAGACGAAAACGAGCCGAACGACGCGAGCAACGCGCCAAGGAGAAAGCGCAAGGUUUGAAUUGUUCAUUCAGCAUUUUCAUUUCGGCGCAAUUUUUUGCGAAAGCGACUAGAUAG